AUAUUUAUGACGUAGCUCGUGCAGACGCCGCCAUGGAUGGUAAACAUGGCGCCGACACAACAGCGACAGAUGCAAGCUUCGGAUUUCAUUAUAUCUGGUGCUUUCGCGCCUUGUUGGCAACAAAUACGCUCCUGAAAGUUUGUUUUCUAUUUGUUUGUUUUGAAUAUACGUCGUCAACUUUAAAGAGUCUGACGUGCGACAUUACAGUCUGACGGUUGUCUCCUCCGCACAUUCCCUGCUGUCUGUACACAACUGGGCUCCAGACGAGAAAGAACACUCAAAUCCACCCGAUCACCCCACCCCACUCAUACCCACCUUCCACCCGCAUGGGGGCGCUCUUGAAUUUAUUCAGGAGGUCCUCCCAGACUCAGAUUGAGACCCGCUCUGCGCCGCGGUUAUCGCUGUGGAGGACGAACAGCGGGGUCACGGGCAGUGGGCCGGGCAACCUCACCAUCGCGCAGCGCAGCAUCAUCGCCAGGACCUGGCCCAAGAUCUACAUCGACAUCCCCGGCAACGGCGCCAGCGUCAUGUUGCGACUGAUAAAUGUGCAGAGCGAUGUCAAGAUGCUCUUCAACUUCCGCAACAAGACCGAGUCGGACAUGAUCCUGGACAGGGGCUUUUACACUCACUCUUGUCGCUUCAUACAGGCUGUGAUGGCUGUUAUUGAGAACAUCGACUUUCUGGAGGAAGCCAUUGUCCCCCUUUUUCUCCGCCUCGGCAGGAAACAUGUGGCUGUGCCCGAUUUUGAGGUUAAAUACUUCAAAAUGCUUCCCGACGCCUAUUGUUUCGUGUGGGAGAGUCAAGUGACCGAGCGAUUCACUGAGCCCAUAGAGAGGGCCUGGCGGGUGAUCUUCGACUUCAUCGUCAACCUGAUGGUAGACGGCUACGAGAUAGAGUCGGGACUCCGCCAAAGAGCCCUUUCACUGCGCAAGAUUGCCGUAAAGCCCGAAGAUUUGUUGUCCUCUCAGUCCAUCGAGACGGGCGUCGGCUACGAGUCACAGGAGAAGGACAACGAGUCACAGGAGAAGGACAAGUCACAGGAGAAGGACAAGUCACAGGAGGAGGACAAAAAGUCACAGGAGAAGGACCCCGCCCAGGGUACCUCCAAGUCCAUUGAGCCUAUUAUAGCGACGUUUCCAGAAACCGUUCCUGAGGUCCACACUGAAGCUCAGUCCGACGUUCCAGCCUCCUCACCCAAUGUCCCCGUGGAAACCACACAUGACAAAGAGUCGACCAGCGCUUCGCAGUCGGAGGUCAGACUCGUUAAUGAAAACGCUGGAGAGGCUUAGGAGACUCAAAGAUCACAGGAAAGGGAGGUGACUGUCUCUUUUACCAUGAUUUUCGUCAGGAAGAAAGAUUGCUAGACACAAUCAGACACAACCUUUUCUGCGAUGUGUUUGUCUCUCCCACUCCCUCCAGCUCUCCUUCUCACUCCCUCUGCCGACAUCCCAUCCCCCUAUUAUUGUACGGUCGGUGGGUUAGUCGGAGUGUUAGAAUGGACAUACACCAGUUGUAGCGAUAAUAAGUAGUGCUCACCUACAAGUAUGAUUCUGAUAUGAGAUGAAUGAUUCUAAAAAUAAAUUCGCGUUUUCGUGUUGA